AUGAGUGGAGAAGGCAGCGGCGGCAGCGUCGGUGGAGGCGGCAGCAGCGGUGAUGCCGGCGAUCACGAGCGCGGCCGCAGUCGGCGCCCCAGAGCCGAACCCGACGAGAUCCCUGACCAGCAGCACCGCAGCGGCUCGCCGCCUGUCCGCAGGGCACGCAGCGGCAGCGUCAGUGGCGGCCAGCGGGAUGGCGGCGAUGGCGGUGGCGGCGGCGACGAGGAGCGUGGCUCUGGCGGCGAGGGGCGCGGCGAGGCUGGCGGCGACGAAGCAGCGGGAGGAGCCAAGGGCCGCAGCCGCAGCAGGAGCAGGAGCAAAAGCAGGGGCAAGAGAGGCGGGCGCAAGCGCGGCGGCCGGGGCAAAAAGCGGCGCUCCAGGAGCGGCAGCAGCAGCCGCAGCGGCGGCAGCAGCAAGAGCGGCAGCAAGAGCAAGAGCAAGAGCCGCAGCAGGAGCCGCAGCAGGAGCCGCAGCCGGCGCAACGACCGGCGGCGAAACAG